AUGUCAAAGACACCAAUUGAAGCUACAAAGCAAGCAGACACAGUGUCAACCAUAUCAACUACAGGAAGGAAGGAUAAUAGAUCAGGGCAUGGAAAAUAUACAGAAGCUAUAGGACAAUAUCUAGUAGGCCCUGAGAUUGGGAAGGGUUCCUUUGCAACUGUGUAUAAAUGCAUAGAUAAGACAAAUAAUCGAGCGGUUGCCAUCAAGUCAAUAGUUCGAUCUAAGUUAAAGUCUAAGAAAUUGAUAGAAAAUUUAGAGAUUGAAAUUCUGAUUUUGAAAUCUAUGAAACAUCCUCAUAUAGUGGGAUUACUAGAUUAUAAACAAUCGUCUUCUCAUUUCCAUUUGGUUAUGGAUUAUUGUUCAAUGGGAGAUUUGUCAUACUUCAUCAGAAGAAGACAGCAACUAGUAAAGACUCAUCCCAUAAUAUCAAGUCUAUUGGAUCGUUACCCGUCACCACCUGGAUCUCAUGGAUUAAAUGAAGUAUUGGUCAUCCAUUUUUUACGUCAAUUAUCAUCUGCCUUACAAUUUUUACGUGAUAAGAGUUUAGUACAUCGUGAUAUUAAACCUCAGAAUUUAUUAUUAUGUCCUCCAGUACAUUCCAAACAAGAUUUUAUAGAUAACCAGUUUGUCGGUAUGUGGGAAUUACCAAUACUAAAGAUUGCCGAUUUCGGAUUCGCUAGAUUCCUCCCUUCAACAUCCAUGGCAGAAACCUUAUGUGGAUCCCCACUUUACAUGGCACCAGAAAUCCUCCGAUAUGAAAAGUAUAAUGCCAAAGCGGAUCUAUGGUCAGUGGGUGCUGUUCUCUAUGAAAUGACAGUAGGGAAACCACCUUUCAAAGCAGGGAAUCAUAUUGAAUUAUUAAAGAAUAUCGAGAAGGCAAAUGAUAAGAUUAAAUUCCCAUCUGCAGCCCAAGUUCCUGAGAAUUUGAAAAGAUUGAUUAGAUCUUUAUUGAAAUACAAUCCAACUGAACGUAUUUCAUUUACUGAAUUCUUCAAUGAUCCAUUAAUUACUUGUGAUUUACAAGAAACUGACCAACCAUUGGAAACAUCAGAAAUGGAUGAGAAUUUAUUCAUUAGUGAAUAUAUUAGUCCAAUUAAACCAAGUGAAAGAUCACAAUUCAUUAAACCAAUCCCCUUGACGUCAACUGAUAAGGACCAACAACAACAACAACAGCCAUCAUCAUCAUCCCCUACAGGGGGAGACAAGAAGUCACCUUCUCCCAACACUAUAGUUAAAACAACUCCAUCUCCGUCGCCAACUCCAACAUCCCGUGACGAAGAAAUUAAACAAAUUAUCAACAAAAGCAGCCCAGGGCCAGAACAACUUUCUCAAUCGAUCCAAGUAGCCAACGUACCGAAUCUUAAAUUUAGAAGAGAUGAUAUCAUAUUAGAAAAAGACUAUGUUGUGGUUGAAAAACGAGCAGUUGAAGUGAAUGCAAUUGCUGACGAAUUAGCCCAUGCUGGUAGUGGAGCAGUUGCUAUUAAUCCAAGAAAGAGUCUGGCUGGAUCUAUUGACAGUAGCAAUAAAUCACAAUACCAACAAUACAGAAGAUCUUCAAGUGGAGGAGGUGCGAAUCAAAGAAGACCAAGUUUGACAGAUCGAAGAAUAUCAAUUUCCAUAUCACCUACUAAUGCAUUAAGUAAAGCUAUCGGAUUGGCGUCUCAUCGAUUGUUUGGAACUUCCAAUCAUCAUCAUAACCAACAUGGCUCUAAUGUUUCAGAAGAAGUGACCACUGGUGGAAAUAUAUCUUUCUCCACCGUGUUAUCCAGUCCAAAUUUUGCCAAUCAUUUAUUAUUACAGAAAUUAAAUCUUCCAACUUCAUCAACCAUAAACACAAUUACCACCAAUACUGGAAUGGAGAUCACCCCAAGUCAAAUCCAAAAUCAACAACAACAAUUCCAAGGAUUCAAUAAUGAUGAGAGGGUAUUAUAUAAUCUUGAAUCCAUUGCUACCAAAGCUCAUGCCGUUAAUUUAUUUGCCGAUGUCAAAUUUAGUCAAUUAAUCCCCAGUCCUCCAUCCAACGAUCUUGACGGAUUACAUGAUGAUUUGUUACACCAGAAUGACAUGUUACCUCCUAAGAUUAUCAAAACCAUUAGUGAAGAAGGUGUCGGGUUAUAUGUCAAGACAUUGUCAUUAUUGGCCAAAGGUAUGGCUAUCGCAAGUGAAUGGUGGUAUAACCAAUAUGAACAAGACGGAAGUGAAGACUACCUGCAACAACAACAACAACAACAACAAAGUAGCAAACUCGAUAUCCAGACUUCCAUCAAGAUCAACCAAUUGGUUCAAUGGAUCAGAGAGAAAUUUAAUGAAUGUUUGGAAAAGGCAGAAUUUGUUAAGUUGAGAUUAGAAGAAGCAAACCAAUUAAUCGCCAAAGAACGUAGUUCUAACGAUUCUGUCCAUUCAUCAUCUACUCAUGAACCCAAGAUCAUUGCCGAAAAAUUGAUUUUUGAUCGUGCUUUAGAAAUGUCAAGAAAUGCAGCCGUGAAUGAGUUGGUGAAGGAAGAUCUCAAGGGAUGUGAAUUGGCUUAUAGUACUGCUAUUUGGAUGUUGGAAGCAUUGUUGGAUGAUGAUGAUACUAGUGGAUAUGGGGAGGUUAGUGUAGAACCGAAAUUAGAUAGUGAAGAUAGAGCAAUGGUUGAGAAGUUUAUUGUGAGUAUUGGAAAUCGAUUAUCGGUUUUGAAAAAGAAAUUGGAAUUAUUGUGA